AUGCUGUUUGAAGUGACCAAAAAACAACUCCAUCGGUCGGAACGGGUCAAGGGCAUCGAUUUUCACCCUACCGAGCCUUGGCUGCUCACCGGCCUCUACAAUGGCACCGUGAAUAUCUACAACCACGAAACUGGCGCCCUCGUAAAGACAUUUGAAGUCGCAGAGGUCCCAGUACGAUGCGUCAAGUUCAUUGCGCGCAAGAACUGGUUCGUCGCCGGAUCCGAUGAUUUCCAGCUACGUGUCUACAACUACAACACGCACGAAAAGGUCGCCGCUUUCGAGGCGCACCCGGAUUAUAUUCGGUGUUUGACAGUACACCCGACGGCUAGCAUCGUCUUGACGGGCAGCGACGACAUGACUAUCAAGGCUUGGGACUGGGACAAGAGCUGGAAGAAUAUCCAGAUAUACGAAGGCCACACGCAUUACAUUAUGAACCUUGCCUUUAACCCUAAAGAUUCCAACACUUUUGCCUCAGCUUGUCUCGACCGUACCGUCAAGAUGUGGUCGAUAGGAUCACCGACUGCUAACUUCACCAUGGAUGCCCACGAUAAGGGUGUCAACUAUGUCGACUUUUAUCCUGGUGCAGACAAACCCUAUCUCGUCACCACCGGCGACGACAAGACUGUCAAAGUUUGGGACUACCUCAGCAAAAGCUGCGUACAGACUAUGGAAGGUCACACCAACAACGUUUCCUUUGCCAUAUUCCAUCCCAAUCUUCCCAUCAUCAUCAGCGGAAGCGAAGAUGGAACAAUCAAGAUGUGGAAUAGUGGCACGUACCGUCUCGAGAACACACUCAGUUACGCCAUGGAGCGUGCAUGGUGUAUAGCCUUACGGAAAGACGCGAAUGAGAUUGCUGUUGGUUUCGAUGAGGGUGCUGUGGUCAUCAAGCUUGGUCGCGAUGAACCAACUUUCAGCAUGGACCCUUCUGGGAAACUCAUUUUUACGCGUAACCAGCAAGUUCUCUCUGGGAACGUCCAGAUGAUCCAACACGACGACGCCUCUCCCGCGUCUGACGGCGCGCGCCUUCCUAUUUCUCUCAAAGAAAUUGGCUCAUCCGAAAUAUUCGCUACGUCUCUCAUCCACUCUCCAAACGGCCGAUUCGUCACUGUCGUUGGAGAUGGAGAGUACAUUACCUACACUGCUCUUGCAUGGCGUAACAAAUCGUUUGGAAAUGGCAUCUCAUUCGCCUGGGCUCCAGACUCCAACACGUACGCCGUUCUCGAAAACAGAGUAAAACUACGAGUCUACAAGAAUUUCCGAGAACGUAGCGGGGCUGGAAUGACAGGUGUUGGAAGCUGGUCGAUGGACGGCAUUCACGGUGGAACCCUCUUAGGCGCCAGAGGAUCUGGUUUCGUUAUGUUCUGGGAUUGGGAGUCUGGUGAGAUCGUGCGGAGAAUAGACGUCGAGGCGCAGAAUAUCUAUUGGUCGGGAACGGGCUCGUUAGUGGCUAUUACCGCCGCCGACUCGUUCUAUAUCUUGCGGUUCGACCGUGACGCGUAUAAUGCGAAAAUUGAGGAAGGAGCAGAAAUAUCGGAUGAGGGCGUUGAAGAGGCUUUUGAAGUUGUUGCUGAUGUACAAGAAGGAGUACGGACAGCAAAAUGGGUUGGCGAUUGUUUCAUCUACACAACAUCUUCCAAGCGACUGUGCUACUUUGUGGGCAGCGAGUCAUAUACUAUCAGUCCAUUUGACACGCCUCUAUACCUCCUUGGCUACAUACCCGCCCACAACCGCGUCUACCUCGCCGACAAGGAUGUCAACAUCUAUGGCUACUCUCUAUCGCUCAGUGUCGUCGAAUACCAAACCGCCGUCCUCCGCGGCGACAUGGCGGCCGCAGACGAAAUUCUGCCAACACUCCCUAAGGAGCAGCUGAACAAGGUCGCCCGGUUCUUGGAAGGCCGAGACCUCAAGGAACUCGCGUUGAAAGUAACGACUGAUCCAGAUCACAAAUUCGACUUGUCCCUACAACUUGAUGACUUAGACACGGCCGUAGAGAUCGCCCGCUCAAUACCGGAGUUGGAAGCCGAAGCGAAAUGGAAGUCGUUGGGCGACCGUGCACUCACUGUCUGGCGCUUCGACCUAGCACGGGAAAGCUUCGAGAAAGCAAAUGAUUUGAGCGCUCUCAUGCUUCUUCUGCUCGCAAUUGGUGAUCGGGAUGGCCUGAAGCCCUCUCGUCGAAAGCCGAAAGGCUUGAACAACUUGGCUUUUGCGUCGAUGUUCCAGCUUGGAGAUGCCAAGUCUUGCGUGGACCUUGAGGCAGCUUUGUUUGCUAGGACGUAUGCGCCAAGCCAAGUACCCAAAGCCGUCGAUGCGUGGCAAGCGGAUCUCAAAGCCAAGAACCGACCCAAGAUCGCGGCGUCCGUUGCGCAUCCUUCGGCGAAUGCGGAUUUGUUCGAGGAGGGAUGGGAGGAUGCUUUGGCGAAGGAAUCGGGAAGUCAAAAUGCUGUUUUGGUAGAUGCGACAUGA